AUGGAGGAGGAUGAGGCCGCUGAGGUCAAAGCGUAUUUGGAAGCAGAGAUGGCUCAGAAGGAGGAGGAGCUCAGAAUUUUAGAGGAGAUGUCGACUGCUACGGGUUUUACUCCCAGGCACUCCUUGGCCAGGUCCCCUCCUAGUGAUGGUGGUUUCAUUACUCCCGGCGGUAUAUUAACAUCCCAACCUAGGGCCGCCAGUGAUAACAACCCACCCGCCCCAAGAACACCAGAUCCGACUCCCGAUCCCUCCGUCCAGGGGGGCCUUGCCUCCCUCGAUAAAUUUCAGUUGCUGGACAUGGUGCACAAGGCGCUGAAAGGCAUUGACUCCAUUACCAACGCGGCCAAUAAACUGAACAUGACCGACAAACGUACCGUAGCCUCGCACUCGCAGGACAUACUCGCCGCCGUCGCUGCCCUAGAGCUGCGCCUUGCAGAUGCAGAGCACCAGUCCAAUGCUGCUAAGCUACAGGUUGCCGCUAAGGAAAUCGAGAUCCUAAAACAGUCGGCGUGUGUUAGCGCACCGCAACCCUCGUUGCCGCUGGUUCCCUCGUAUGCGAACAUGCUGAAACUCCCACGUGAUAAGGCCCCCAUCCCUGUCCAACCCCAAGGUCCGGCGGUCAUUUUCUACCCGGCUGAUGAGUCCCUGAAGUCAUCGGAGGACACCAAACACACACUGCAGAACGCCAUUAAGCCAGGAUCCGAAAGCAUUCGGAUCCAAAGUGUACGGAUGGUUGGCAAGUCAGGCGUCGUGGUUCGGAUCGCUAAUUUGGAGGCUGCGCAGAAACUCAAGGCAGCUGCACCACCAUUACUCAAAGCAGCGGAUCCCAAAAUUCGUCUGUUGAGGAUCGCGCUUAGAUUCUUAAGGUCGGAUAUAUCCGAAGAGGACUUUUUAGUAGAUCUACAGAAGGUAAAUCUCUCCGACAAUCCGGAAUGA